AUGAAACAAAAGGAAAACUAAAUACUCUUACUCAUGAAUGAAAUCCAAAAUUAAAAUUACCUUUUUUAUUUUCUGAUAGACAAUUACCUAAUAACUAAUAAAUUAGAUUAAGCUAUUGGUUUUGCUACUUAUUUCAAUACUCUCUAUAUAAGUAUAUUGUAUACAUUCUGUAAAUAUUAUGAAAAAAAUAUUAUCAAAAUUGACUUCCUAAACUUAAAUGGAGUUUAUCAGUUUUAAUAAAUUUAUAUUUUUAAUUGA